AUGUACAUGAAGUUCAUGAAAAAGCAUUGCUGCUAUGAGGCCAUUCCAACCAGCUGUAAACUGGUCAUAUUUGACACAACACUACAAGUGAAGAAAGCCUUUUUCGCUCUUGUAGCAAGCGGCUUGGGAGCUGCACCUCUCUGGGAUAGCAAGACACAGAGAUUUGUGGGUAUGCUGACUAUAACAGAUUUCAUCAACAUUCUCCAUCAUUACUACAGGUCCCCAUUGGUUCAAAUGAAUGAGCUGGAGAGGCAUCAAAUUGGAACAUGGCGAGAUGUGUACCUGCAAUACUCCAACCACUGUCUUCACAGCAUCACUCCAGACGCCAGCCUCUUCGACGCCAUCUAUUCCCUACUGAGGUAUAAGAUCCACAGAUUGCCGGUUAUCGAUCCCGUGUCCGGAAAUGUCUUACACAUUCUCACACACAAGCGAAUCCUCAAGUUUCUCCAUAUAUUUGUAAGACAACAUGGCUUGAAGAUGUCUGUGUGUUUUUGCUCACAGAAAGAGACAGUCCCAAAACCCUGCUUCAUGCAGAAGACGAUCCAGGACGUUGGGAUCGGGACACUCCGGAACAUUGCCACGGUCCAGCAGACGGCCUCAGUCUACGAUGCCCUGUCUGUGUUUGUAGAGAGGAGGGUCUCCGCACUGCCCGUAGUAAACGAGCAAGGCAAGGUGGUGGCUCUCUACUCCAGAUUUGAUGUGAUUAAUCUGGCCGCCCAGAAGACAUACAACAACCUGAACAUGUCCAUGGAGGAGGCCAUCCGACGGCGCUGCUGUUUCGUCGAGGGCGUCAUCAAGUGCCUCCCUGACGAGACCCUGGAGGCCAUCAUCGAUCGCAUCAUUAAGGCUGAGGUCCAUCGGCUGGUCCUGGUGGACAAAGAGGAUGUGUGCAGGGGGAUCAUCUCUCUCUCCGACCUGCUCCAGGCCAUGGUGUUAACCCCGGCAGGUAAUGACGCCCUUUUAGCCUCUUAG